UUUAUCUACAUCAUGUGGGUCCUUCUCGCAGCGUUGAACUUAUUUCUGGCCUACUACAUCAUGCUGUACGGCCUGAGCCUGGGCUACGAGCUGAGCGUGGACUGGGCCAUGGCUUUCUUCACGGCCUUCUUCGUCAAUGUCAUGGUCAUCCAGCCGGUCAAGGUCGUUCUGAUCGUCUUCGUGCUCGUGCUUCUCUGGAAACAGAGAUACACCCUCAAAGAGAUCGCCCCCCUAGCAAAGCUGA